GCUGUUUUGCCGACUUUUCUCUCUCACCGCUAAAUUAUCCCCUCAGCUCACCUUAUCCUUCUCACUUCUGAUUUUUUUCUUUCUUUAUUUUGUUUUUUCACCUAAUACAACAACAUACUUUUUCUUUGUUCUCAAACCAUUUUGGUGAAUUUGUUUGCUAUUAUUAGAGGCUACAUGAUGUAAUUAUCUGCAACUAUAUGGGUUAGUUUUAGUGGGUUUAAAGUGAAAGGCUUUCGUAAUCAUGCUUCAUGAUUGAAGAAUGUGAUAUUCAGAGAAAAUAAAAUAUAAAUAAAAGUUUUUAGGUGAUGUUUUAAGCGGUUAGUAUAUCUGGACUGGGGUUACAUUAUAUUUUAGAUUAAAGUUUAUAAAAUUUUGUAUAUUGCGAAGAGAGAGAGAGAGAGAGAGGUGUUCAAGACCAAGUUCAUGGGGGUUGUCCUUUGUUCAGAGAAGAUUGGUACCAUUCAGAAAUUCUCAUCAGCUUUUCUUUCACUUUUUUGGGAUUCUUUUACAGCCCAAUUAGGCUUUAAUGGUUUUGAGCAACUAGUAGUGUAAAAGUAAAGCAUAUUCUGUUUUUGUUUCCUUUUAUUUGAUUUGAAGUUCGAAGCUAUAGAAUCUCAAGCUUAUUCUAACUUGGUUCUUCUUUCGAGUUGAAACCAGUUUUUAUUUAGUUUCCUGAUGUUGUUUCCAGGCAAAAGAUGAAGUCUUUGAGUAGUGUAGGAAUAGGUUUAAGUGUAGUCUUUAGUUGCCUUUUCUUAGCUCUAAUUGCUGAGCUUUACUACUUGUUUUGGUGGAAGAAGAGAUUCACAAACAGAGAGAUGGAAAAUGAUUACAGUAGUAGCCCAGCAAAAGAGCUUUUCUACAUGUUUUGUUGGAGAAAACACUCUGCUUUCAGCCACUCAGCUCUUAACCCUCAACAACUCUGCUCUUCAACAAGAGUUCCAACCAAUAACCUUAUCCCAGAAUCAAAUUCUCAGCUUCAUAUGAACUCAAACAAUGAUUUUCUAUUCAAACCCUUUGGAGAGGAGGGAAUGGAAGGUGAGUUAAUGAGGCUGCAAAACCCUUCAGGCCCUCCUAGAUUUCUCUUCACAAUCAUAGAAGAGACCAAAGAAGACUUGGAAUCUGAUGAUGGGAAAUCUAAUAAGAGCCGAAAGGGAUCAAGAAAUAGAAGCUUAAGUGAUUUGAUAGUCACAGUUGAGACUCCAUACCUGACUCCUUUAGCUUCACCCCCUUUUGUCACUCCUCCUCUUACUCCCAGUGGCUCUUAUAGCCAAAAUGGCUUCAACUUCCACCUUGAGUCAACAACAGAUGCUGAGUUCAACAAAUUAAGGUCUUCACCUCCUCCCAAGUUCAAGUUCUUGCAAGAAGCAGAGAAGAAACUCGAGAAGAGAUUAAUGGAAGAAGAGGCUGAUAAUAAAGGUGCUCAGAACAUUGAAGGGCCUGAUGGUGAUAGAUGGCACAAGGGUAAUACCAUUUCAAGCUUUCUUAAAGAUGAUGAUGAUGAUGAUGAUGAUCAAGAUGAAUCUUUUAUAGAAAUCACUGUUGACAAGAGCAUACCAAGGGAGAUCAUUCACUAUUCAAGCUCUUCUUCUCAGGUGAUCCCCCUUGCUUCUUCACCUUUCACAUUCAGCUCAACAAUUAACAAGAAGCUAAAUCCACAUUAGAUAUUAUCCAUAUUGGUUUUUUUCUUUUUUAGGUUUCAUUUUUAUUAGACUUCUUUUCCAGUUUAAGGCUCUGGGUUUGUUAUGCUUUGGUAGAGGCCUAGAGGGCAUAAUCAUCAGUUCUCUUGUUCCAAGUUUUAGCCAGAAAAAGGUGUGUGAUAAUGAAUGUUGUGUUUUCAAUGGGUUGGGGAAUGGAAUGGGGACAACAUUUCUCAGCAAUAUGAUGUGUUAUACAGAUGGGGUCAGGGGCAUAGUGAGGCUAAUUUGUUUUAUUCAAUCUCCAUGUCUUACUGAACUGUCCAAUACCUGUAAUCAUUCUGUGAGGGAAUAGUGCUGCUACUGCAGAAUGCAGAUGUUUCUUUGUCCUAAUGGCACUGUGAGGUCUAAAGUUGUGUCUUCUCUCUAUUCUUUAUUUAAAUACUUAUAUAUAAAUUAACCCAA